CAGCUGCUUUAGACCAGCCGAGGGUCCACUUACAUUCAUCCUUCAGUGAUACAACAGGCAGUGAACCAGUUACAGGGUGUGGAAAAUACUUCAGUCUUCACUUUGCUACAACAUCGUUAGAAAUAGGUGAGAUCUUCUGAACAGACGCUCUGACAUCAUGUCCAAAGAGGAAACUGUCGAAUCCGGGAAACCGUUUUUAGUGGGGAACAAGAAAGACCUCAUCGAGACCAAACGCACGAGCAUCACCGUGGGUGAGAGGGUCCUACUUAUCAUUCACCAUGAGGGAGUUUUCUAUGCUUUGGACCAGCAUUGCUAUCAUGCAGGCGGCUCUUUGCUGAAUGGAGAUAUUGAGGAACUGGACAACAGGCUUUGCAUCGUGUGCCCCAAACACAAGUACAAGAUCAGCCUGAAAAAUGGCGAAGGCAUUUACAAUGCCACUAAUCCAAAAGAGAAAGACAAGCCACCAUGCUGGAAGUCUAAAGGCAUAAAGCAACGAGUGCACAAGGUGACCGAGGUGGACGGGAAAGUCUUCUUGACACUGUCUGAAACCCCCGGGUGGAUCGAGUCGGACUAUUAUCAGUCUGAAAAGGGCAGAGCAGAUCUAAAGCUAGAGAUGGAUUUAGAGACGAAUAAAUCAGCAAAAAGCUAAUUGACUGGAUCAACCAAUGAGAGGAAAGUUUUGAAAUGCAUGAAGAAAAUGUGUGAGGAAAAAAAAACAGAUAUUGAAUGCUAGCUAUUUUAUAGAUUUUUUUCUCUUUUUUUUUUAAAGAUUGUUGGCACUCUUUAAGCAUUCAGAUACACUUUAUGAACAAACAUUUGUGUACUAUAAGAAUUCUAUGUCAUUUCUGAACAUCUCAUUCUACAUUUA